AAGAAAGACAACAGAUAUAUAUACAAUUCACAUAAACGUAGCCUCGAGUCUCUCUGUUACAGGAGAAAAAACAGAACAGUGGAGCUAAACGUGUUUCUGUAUGUAAUUGUUGCUUCCUGCCGCCUUUGAUCAAUCCUAAAAGGCCAGCUUUGAACUUUCAACAGCUUGCCAAAACAUGUUUUUCCAACAGAAAUGAACUCAAAAGCUUAACUUUCUUCUUCUAUUUUCUGUUCUCUGUAGUUUUUUUCUUCAGUUUGAAUAAACUUAGAAAGCCAGGAAAAAACUUAUCUUUUAUCAAUCAAAUUUGUAAAACCUGCUCAAACAAUGCCUUUUCUCCUUGCCCAUUGCGUCAGGUUUCAAGAAAAAGACAUAUAUUCGAAGACUGGAAUUUGUAGUGUUUAAGAUGUUUCUAAUCUGAGCGCUGAGGUAUAGCUGAAGAUCUUGUGAGGGAAAUUGGGAUAUCAGAAUUGUGGAUUGAAGGGUUGAUAAAGUUGAGCAAUGGGAUCUCUAAAUAUGGAGAAGAAGUGGAUUUUCCCUUUAGUGAUAAGCUCUCUUGUAUUUAUAUUUCUUCUUGCAACUUCCUUCAACAUGGGUCUAAUCUCUUCGAUACACACAAUAAAUUCUAUCUUCGCGGUUUUCCCUUCCCAUGUCUCAGCAAACCAUACUGAUCCAACAUAUGCCGAGAUGAAGGUUAAAUGGGCUCCACCGCCACCUUCUGGCCCAACAAUUCCUCGAUUUGCUUAUUUGGUUUCUGGGUCAAAGGGUGAUUUGGAAAAGCUUUGGAGAACUCUUCUGGCUUUAUAUCAUCCACGGAACCAAUAUGUUGUUCAUUUGGACCUUGAAGCCCCAAUUGAGGAAAGAUUGGAGCUUGCAUUGAGAGUGGAGAAAGAUCCCAUGUUUUCGAAGGUUGGGAAUGUCCACAUGGCUAUUAGAGCUAAUAUGGUUACUUAUAGAGGACCAACUAUGGUUGCUAAUACGCUUCAUGCUUGUGCUAUUCUUCUCAAGAAAAGUAAGGACUGGGAUUGGUUUAUUAAUCUUAGUGCUUCAGAUUAUCCUCUUGUGACUCAAGAUGAUCUUCUUUUUGCAUUUUCAACUCUAAGCCGGAAACUUAAUUUCAUUGAUCACACUGGCAGGCUCGGUUGGAAAGAGGAUAGACGAGCAAAGCCUUUGUUGAUUGACCCUGGACUUUACAGGUCGACUAAGUCAGAUAUAUUUUGGGUCACACCACGGAGAACUUUGCCGACAGCAUUUAAAUUAUUUACUGGCUCGGCAUGGAUGGUUCUCUCUCAUUCAUUUGUAGAAUAUUGCAUUUGGGGUUGGGAUAAUCUACCAAGAACUUUGCUCAUGUACUACACAAACUUUGUCUCUUCUCCUGAAUUCUAUUUUCACACUGUCAUAUGCAACGUGCCAGAGUUUGCUGAUACUGUUGUUAAUCAUGAUUUGCACUACAUUUCUUGGGACAAUCCCCCAAGACAACACCCGCGUGCCCUCUCACUUAACGACACUGAUAAGAUGAUUGCAAGCAAUGCUGCUUUUGCCCGGAAAUUCAAAGAAGGUACUCCUGUCUUGGACAAGAUUGAUAAAGAGUUACUUGGUCGGAAGAAUGGGACCUUCACCCCUGGUGCUUGGUGUGCUGGUGACUCCACUUGUUCAAAGCUUGGAGAUGCAAACAAAAUCAAACCAGGCCCUGGAGCUGAGAGACUUCUCCGUUUAAUACAAAGGCUUGUAAUCAAAGCUAAAAAUGGUCAGAACCAGUGUAAAUAGGUCCCAUUAUAGUUCGACGCAUAUGACAGAAAGAUUACUACCGAGAAGCCUGCCAACAGCUUUGAAAUCUUGAAGGGAAGAAAUGAUGAUGGUGAAGCUACAUUUUCAACUUUUUUUUAUUAGAAUUCCAGUUAUCUUAGUACAUCGAAAACAAAUUUACCCAGAAAAAUUGAUAUGGAUGGGAUCAAACGCUGUCAUGUUCCUGAUCAUCCAUUCUUUUGCUAGGCUAUAAUUUCUUAGGCCUUCCACAAUGUACAAUUUGGAAGCUUUCUGCAGUCAUUUUUUUCCCACAUCUUAUUGUUAAUAAAAUUUUUCACUCCCAGAUAAUUAGAUGUACUACUACCUAUAAACUCAGCGGUUUCAAUUUGGGAA